AUGCAUCCCGCGUAUUAUAUCGUUUUCGGAAUUGUGUUCGUUAAAAUUGGUUUUGUGAAUGGUGGUUUAAUAAAUAAAGAAUAUAUUGAACGGGGAGCUGUGAUUUCAAAUGAAAGGAAUGAAGAAGCCACGCCAACAUAUACAAAUAAUAAAAAAUAUUUAAUACCUGACGAUCGAGAAGCAAACAAUUACGAUGAUGUUGUCAUAGAGAUACAAAAUUUAAGAUUUAAAAGAAGUAAUUUUUCACUAUUAGGUUCUUUGCAAACCGUUCCUAAUAAAUUAUAUUCUAAAAUAUCAGAGUCGUUGAAAAAAAAUGUAAAUAAAGCAAAAGCAUUAGCUGGAAUAUUACAAUCAGCAGCACAAAAUAAAAAUGACAACGAAACUUGUGAAAAUAAAGACAAUGAUAUGACAAAUACAUGUACUAACAUGUCUCCUGAAACAAAUACCACUACUACUACUACUACUAUCAUUAAUGUCAAUAUUGAAGGAAACAAUACAUUACAUGCUGAAAAAAAUGAUAUUGUUCAUAAUGGGACUGAAAUAAAUGCUGAAAAUAAUAUUGUGUCUAAUUUAAACCACACAAUACAAAAUAAUAACAAAACAGAACUAAAUAAUGUAAAUGGUGGUUUGCCAGUUAAUGAAAAUCAAACAACACUCAUUGACCAGGAAAAUUCAGAAAAAAACAAACAUGAAGGAAAUAGUAACCAUACAGUUAUGGAAGGACAUGAAAACGAAUCAAUAAAUCAAAUUAAUAUUGAAAAAACAAAAGGAUCAGAGGAAAAAAUUAAUGAAAAUGAAAAACCUAAUGUCGAACAGGAAAUUCAUUCUGUUAAUAAUUCAAAAACGGUUGAAAUCGAUAGUGAACUUACUAGAAUUUUGCAACAAAAAGUUUUUUUUAAGGAUGGUAAUGAAACUCUCGAGUCUUUAUUGAAAAAAACAAUGGAAGAGGAAAUGGAAAAAAGAAAUACGACUACAUCUUCUCCAAGAACAAUACAUGAAACCCUAAAUUCAAUUCCUCCGAGAAUUAAUAGCGAAACAUUUGAAAAAGGAGAACCGGAAAUGAGUAAUAAUGUAACUCAUUCGACGGAAAAGAGUUUAUUAGAGAAAGAAAAUACAGAAAAAUACGAUUUAGUCGAUAAAAAUAAUUUUGUUAAUGAUAUUAAUAUAACAACAAACACGAGCUCGUAUAAAAAUGAAGAAAAUAAAUCAAUCGAAACGUCUACUUUUCCAGGAGAUGUGAAUAAUAAUAAUAAUUUAACCGUUAUUAAUAACUCAACAAUAUCAGAUAAAAUGAAGGAUUUAUUAAAUAAAAUUAACGAAACUAUCGGUACCACAAACACAUUUCCACAAACUCACAUUACAUUUAAAAAUGAUGAAGGAGCGACAACAGUUUCAAGUUUUGACAAAAAUCCAUCACCAAACAAGGAACAAAAUGCCGCCAUAUUUUUGCAAACGGAUACGUGGAAUUGCACUUAUUCAAAUUUACAUUUAAACAUAGAAAAUAGAUCGUUGGAAUAUGGUCGAACAUUAAUAAAAGCUCCAAUGAAGUGCGCAGCAGGUGAACAAUUAAUUAAUUCAAAAUGUCGUAAAGUGUAUGGCAUUUAA